AUGAGGUUCGAACUCCAUUCCGUUGCUCCCGCCCCUGCUCUCUAUCCGCAACCGAGACCCCAAGUCCCAAACACUGGGUAUGCCACGUUCCGAAACGUGGUUUAUCAGAACCUUAGAUCCGGUCGGCGGAGAGAUGGUUCGGAACACACAUUGGCGAACGUCUUCAUGCUCUGCGAAUGCAUCUCCUCAUCUCCUGUAUUCAUACGAGGACACCCUCCGGACAUCGGGCUGCUAAUUCCUCAAGCUCAAGCACGAGUAUCAACCGGAACCAUAUCUGAGUUCCGAACGGUCCGGUGCCUACUCCGCAUCUAUCCUCAUCAACCGGAGACGACCAUGGCCACUGGCCACUUGACACUUGGGUUCCCUAACCGUGUUAGGUUUGGUCUCACUCGUCGAACAAUCGUCAGGUCCGGCACGUUUGGCACCUCGAUGCGAAUAACCGUGCUCUGCCUAUCCGUGACCAGCGUCCAUGCAGCCUGCCACUCCGGAGAAGUCUUCAUUUGA